AUGGCCAGCUGGACACUUGUUUUUAGCAAUAUAUUAAAUGAACACAAGGAUUCCUUUGUGGCAGUCAAAGGAAAUUCUGCCAUGAGGGCUCACAUUCUUGAGGCAAUCAAAGAUGCUAUAGACAGCAGUGAAGCAGCCAAAGACUCUUGUAUUAUGCUUUCUGAGAGAAAUCUGCAGAAGGCUAUUUAUGCCUAUUAUUUGAACUUUCUGAAAGAUAAUAAGGAUUGCAAGGCAGAGGAAAAAAUUAUUGAGAGAGGAACUAAGGAUAGAUCUGCUUCAGAUGCUGAUGAAUUUUCAGAAUAUGACAAGCAGCACAAAGAUACCUCCAAUCUAAAGUCUAUGAGUUAA